AUGAAAGUUGGGAGAAGAAGCAGGGUGGCAAGUGUAGCCUUAGGCAUGCUUGUCCUCUUGACUGGGGCUGCUACGACCAUUGGCCUUGUAUUCAGACUGCAGGACUAUGCAAAAUCAUCACUACCGAAUGGAGGGUUGAAGGAGCUGCGUUUUUGCGAGCCAAAAUCACCGGUAGUGCCUGUUGAGGAGUUGGGAUGUAUUUCUCUUAGGUUUUGGGAUGUAAAGGGGGAAGAUUUCAGCAUAGAGCAGGCCGCAUGUGGAGAGAAUAGUGAAAGGUUGUAUCUUGAAUUCGUUAUAAACACCCUGGGCGGCAUUUGUGAUCUAGAAAAUGAAGCAGGUGUGAUUGAGGAAGAGGAUAUAAUGAAGAGAGAAAAGGAAAGCCUCAGAAUUCUAAUCUGUGAGAUAAGAUACAACCUAUGUGAAAACUCGAGGCUUGUAGAAGUCAAAAGCACAGGGACAUGUAUUGAUGCUUCCUCGACAGCAUUAAGAAGAUUCCUCGGGUUAGACGUGGAGUUCCCCUCAGGACAGGAUUUGGAGGCGGUGGAGACUGGAGAAAUGGUCAAGGUCAUUGAAGCGUACUGGCCCAGGGACCUAAACGGCGUGAAGUGCAAGAUUUUUACAAAAGUGCUAUCAUUGAAGAGCUAUGUGGCGAGCAUUCUUGCUAGAUAUUUCAUUGAGUGCAAGAUAGAAAGGCAGAAAAGAAUGGAAAGAGAUUCAGAUGUGCUUAUGAGCAUUGAGAUGGGAAGAGCGCUAGGUGAUAAGAAUGUAAGCCCAUUUGUGAUUCUAAGUGGAAAAGGCUGCCUGAGCCCAGGAACAUACAUGAAUGUUAUACGAGAGAUCCUUUUCUUUACUAAGUAUAAAAGUAUUAUUUCCAAUAUGAAUGCUGAGGAAAGCGGAAGCUUCCGCGAUAUUAGUGAACUAUGGUUUCUCCUACAGAAAUGCAAAGGCAGCUUCAACAGAAAACUUUCUGACAAGUUCAGAAAACUAUUUGAGAAAAUAUCCAGAGAUAGCUCGAUGUCUAACAGCGAUAGAAGCCAUGUGGCCUACAGAACCUUGAUGGGCUUUCUUGGGCUGACUGAAGGCUUCCAAAACGGGACAAUGAGGCAAAUAAAAGAUCAAGACAUGCCUGUUUUCGAAUACUAUCGAAAUCUUCUUUCAAGCCUGGUUGAUGAGAAAGCCUACUACCAUAUUCUAAAUACAAGGAAGACCAUUAAGGUAAAGGAUUAUAUGGCAAGCUUGCUUCUCCGGGGCUAUAAGGACAGAGUUUACAAACUAGCAGCAAAACUCGAAGUAAAGAAGGUUUCCAAAAUGGAGGUGAAAGGGGGAUUUCCUCGAAUGAAACACUACUUGUGGUUUCUAGUUAGGCUCAUUCAUGAUGCCGAAGUCGUGGACAGAAAGACUGGCGGAAAGUUUAAAGAUGAAUUAGGUAGGCUGAGAGAGAACUUUACACUUUGCAUUGAAUUAGUUGUGCAUGGCAGAAAGAUAUAUGCGUCUGAGCCCUCUACUAAAGCUGUUCUCAAGCUAGUAGGAAUAGGCAAGAACACAGAUACUUGUACCGCCGGAGCGGAAGAUGAACAUGGAUACAUGUUUGAAGGCGCGAAACGGCAUGAGCCAUCAAGAAAUGGCAUUUCUUUUGCAGGGUGUAUUUUGGAUAGGAUGGAUGCUUCUCUUGGAGAAUAUGCUGCUGCUGUGGUUUCGCAAUAUCUCAGAGAAUGUAAGGAAAACAGUAGGGCACAGGAGGAUGUGGACUUGAAGGUCUUCCGAAGCAUGAAUGAAGACUUUUCGAUAAGGUAUGAAGAUGGAAAGCCUGUUGGCGUGGAAUACUUUGAGAUGGUAAGAAACAUGCUCUGCAGAGUGUUUUGUAGUGAGAUUGAGGGGCUUCUAAGAGGAGCAAUGCUUGAAGACAGCUUUCUUUCAAACACACUAAAGUAUUAUCUGGACUGUAAGAUGAGAAAUGUCUGCAAUCUUUUUUCAAGGGCCUUCCUUGCUGUGGAACAUGGCUUUCACACUGACGAGAAGAAGGUUUCUGCGCACGAUGUUACUAUGAUCAAAAGAAUUCUAGGGAAAGACAAAUACUUUAUGCGAAGCACAGAUCUUCAGGAAGGCAGCAAGAGGCUGUUUAAAUCGAUCCUAUCGAAGUUUCCAAGAAAAUACAAGAAGAUUAGAUGCUGGAUUGGAGACAAGGAGUUCGAGCUGGUCUAUCUCAUUGCCAAAGCAAUCACAGAAUACCUCAGGAUAGACACUGCUGAAAACUGCAAGCUUGUUUCUGAACUUGAAAGGAGCCCCAUAUGCAAUGCAGCAUUUUAUGACGAAAAGUAA